AUGCCUUUGAAUUUGAUCGAAGCCGCAAUCGUGGGUGGUACCGACCAAAUACCUUAUUUUAAUGAGCUAAAGAGAAUUGCGCCUUACGCCGCUGUUAUUGGUGCAAUCAAAUAUUGGUCUCGGGGCGCCACCAACACAUGGGAAAGAAAUCUUAACGGUAAAGUCUAUAUACUUACAGGCGCUACUUCCCAGGGGAUGGGCACAUCAGUUGCAUUAGAUUUGGCUAGAAGAGGAGCACAAUUAAUAAUUCUCUCUAGGAGAACCGAUGAGUGGGCAUUCGAAUGGUGCGAGGAUCUGAGAUCACGGAGCGGUAACGAAAUGAUUUACAUGGAACAAUGUGAUUUGUGUGAUUUAUAUGAGGUUAGGAAGUUUGCUACCAAAUGGUUGGAUAAUUCACCACCUCGAAGGCUCGAUGGUGUUAUAGUCAUGAGCGGGGAUGUUGAACCAGCGGGUUGGAUACCAGGAUGGGCCAGCAGUAAAAGAAGGUCCUCUUCCGAUGGUCUCGAAGUUCAGAUGGCUACAAACUUUGUGGGCGUUUUCCACUUGUUAGACCUAUUACAGCCUAGUUUCAAGGCGCAAACACCGGACAGAGACGUACGAAUUAUUGUAACGACGUGUAUGUUACAGGCGUUAGGAGAAGUUCAUUUGGAAGAUCCAUUAUGGGAACAAGAAAAAUACAAAAAUCCGCUGAAGUUUUUCAGUAGUUCAAAGCUGCAACUGAGUUUAUGCAUGCUGGAGUUGCAGAAACGUCUUCUUUCAGCACAAUAUAAGGACGGACGAACUGGAAGGAAUAUCUCGGUUGUAUUGGUUCAGCCGGGUAUCAUGAGGUCAACAAGCUUAAGGCGAAUUAUCAGCAACGGAUCUAUCUUGAUGUUGUGUGUCAUAUAUUGCAUCCUGCUUUAUCCAUUUUUAUGGUUGUUGACCAAGAACGGAUUUCGCGGUGCGCAAUCGGUUCUUUAUGCAUUGAUGACACCAGAGCUGGAGGAAGUGAAUCGGCAGGAUGACGAAGUGAAAUACAUUGUAAACUGCUCCGACGUGAAAUUUUCACGGAAGGAAUUUAAAGAUAAAGAACUCAUAGAAAAGCUCUACGACAACACGGCUGCCAAGAUUUUGGCCCUAGAGAAAAGAAUGGCUAUUAAGAGAAACAAAAAUAAAAAUGCCAAGAAAGCAACAAAGCAUUAA